AUGGCCUUCUCCGCAGAUGCAGCUGUUGUGGAACUUCUUGAUAGCAGUAACUAUGUGGAUUGGAGUGUAUGGGUUAAAACUUACUUGCUGGCUCAAGACCUUUGGGAUGUAGUGGAACAAGACGAAGAAAAAGAAGAAGCUGAUGAUAAGUUCAAAGCUUGGAGGGAGAAGAAUGCCACGGCUUUACAUACAUUCCAAAUUUCGUGCGGGCGGGAAGCUUCUUCCCUCAUUAGAAACACCAGUUCAGCCAACGCGCUUGGGAUACUUUGGCAGAAAACUUCAAGCCAAAACCAGCCGUUGUUCGAUGCUGUGUGGAGUGGGGAUUGGGAUGAAGCAAAGCAGUUUCUUACCCUACAUCCCAAUGCAAUAAGAACAAGACUUCCAUCUACAAACGAGAUAGCUCUUCACAUGGCAACAGAUCUAGAGCACGAGCAUAUUGUGGAAGAGUUGGUGCAGUUGAUGUCCGAGGAAGACUUGGAAAUAACCGAUAAUGAUGGUUGGACAGCUCUUGCUCUUGCUGCAAGUAGAGGAAAUAUAAAAAUGGUUGAAUGCAUGGUUAGAAAGAGCAAGAAAAUACUUAGUAUUCCCACUCGGGACCGCAAUAAUGUGACUCCACUUGUCUUGGCUUCUAUGAAUGAACAAUGGGAUAUCGUUGAUUAUCUUUACUCCGUCACUCCCUUCCAAGAUCUAAUGCCAGAAAAAGGACCAUACGGGGCUGGACUUCUUCGCACCUUUAUUAUGGGCAUGAAAUUUGUGUUGUCCACGAUUGGUCUUUACCAAGGGCCAAGAUGGGGCAUUCCCGAUGGAAGGAUUUAUGCCUUCUGCAUUCCCGAGUGGAACAAGCCUCAAUUCUGGCAAAUAUGGAUCUAUAAUUGUUAG